UCAGGAAAGAGGAGCAUCCCCCAUGUAGGACACAUGGCAAAAAACAACUCGUCAAGGAGCACCAGCAAGGAUUCACCCUAACAUCAGAGCCAAGGCGAUGUCCCUGCGAGCAGAUGCAGCCCAGUGUGGAGGGGUGGUGGUGGAGCUUGAGUCUGAUGACAUCAGGGAGGCUCGGGCCAGGAAGGCCAGGAGUACACCAGGAUCAGCCCUCAUCUACCUCAGGGGCCCUAAAUUCCUGAUCUACGUCAGUGGAGCACUGUCCAUGUGGGGUGACCGUAUGUGGCACUUUGCCAUUUCGGUGUUCCUGAUCGAGCUGUAUGGUCGUAACCUGCUGCUGACCGCAAUAUUCGGCUUGGUGGUGGCGGGGUCAGUGCUGCUGCUGGGGGCAUUGAUUGGGGACUGGGUUGACCGUAACCCCAGGAACAAAGUGGCGCAUGCAUCGUUGUUGGUUCAGAACAUUUCAGUGACGGUGUGUAGCAUUGUGCUCAUGUUGGUCUUCUCAUAUAAACAGUGGAUUGAGAGCAUUUGGGAUGGCUGGUUAACUGUGGUUUGUUAUACGGUGGUGAUCGUCCUGGCAGAUGUGGCUAACCUAGCAAGCACGGCGCUGACCAUCGCCAUCCAGAGGGACUGGAUUGUGGUUAUCACUGGCUACAACCGGGGUCACCUCGCCGGGAUGAAUGCUACCAUGCGGCGCAUCGAUCAGGUGACCAACAUCCUGGCACCACUGUCGGUGGGACAGGUCAUGACCCUGGCCUCCAACGUGAUUGGCUGCGGCUUCAUCCUGGGCUGGAACCUGGUGUCCCUCAUAGUGGAGUUUAUCUUCCUGUCCCGGGUCUACCGCAUUGUCCCGGCGCUGUCAGUCAAACCACCCACGCCCGAGGACGGCCAGGCCACCCUGGAGAGACCAGAAGAGAGGACCGAGGGACUGGUGGAGAAAAGGGGGUCACAAGUAGAGCAGAGUGAGGUGGUGACAUCAGCCCCGGGCCUCAGCGAUGACGACAUGAGCCUGAACCUGAAGGAGAUCACCAACCUGCCUCUGUGUUUCGGACGCUUCCGCUGGCUCCUGAGCACCUGUAAGGACGGCUGGAGGGCCUACUACCGCCAGGAUGUCUUCCUGGCUGGGAUGGGCCUGGCCUUCCUUUACACAACUGUCCUUGGCUUUGACUGCAUCACCACGGGUUACGCCUACACCCAGGGCAUCAGCGGCUCCCUGCUCAGUCUGCUGAUGGGCGUCUCGGCUAUAACAGGCCUCAUGGGCACCGUCAUGUUCACCAAGCUGAGGAAGGCUUACGGUUUAGUCAACACAGGCAUCAUCUCCAGCUGUCUCCAUCUUUGCUGUCUGCUGCUGUGUGUGUGUUCUGUGUUUGCCCCUGGCAGCCCCAUGGACCUCAGCCUGCUCAUGCCCUUCCUGGACACCAAAGCCAAUUCGUCGUUGGCGGCGGUCGGGGGGAUGGUGGCGGGCCAAAGGCAGAAACACACCUACCCGAUGCGGGGUGGCAUCAAUCAGCCGCUGCUGCCCGACCGCUCGUCCAUCCACUGGACCAAUAACACAGUGCUGUUUGAGAACAUGCCGUCGGGCACGGAGCCAGACUCCUACAUCUCUAUAAUCCUGCUGUUCUUGGGUGUCAUCACAGCACGCAUCGGUCUGUGGUCCUUCGACCUGACCGUGACCCAGCUGCUUCAGGAGAACAUCUGUGAGUCGGAACGCGGCGUGGUCAACGGCGUCCAGAGCUCCAUGAACUACCUGAUGGACCUUCUCCACUUCAUCAUGGUCAUCUCUGCUCCGCAGCCGCAGCACUUUGGCAUCCUGGUCAUCAUAUCUGUACUGUUCAUCACCACGGGACACACCAUGUACUUCCUGUACGCACGCAAAGCCAAGAGAAAACCUGCCAGACGCCUGGACACGUAGGGAGGCCGUGCGGCUUUCCACGACAAAGCAUGUAACAAAGACUCCAACCACGUGCCCAGAGACUCCACUCUGCCUGCGCCUGCCUGUGAAAUGAAUGUCUCUUCUCUCUUGUUCCCUCUGCGCUCUCAUUGCUAGGCAACAAUACAAUACUCUAACACCCCUGCCCCCCCAUCCAGCCAUUCAUUCCAGCACAACACAGCAAGUAUAUGUCGUGUCCCCCCCAACCUGGUUGCUAUCUCCCUGCAUGGCCAGGUAAAGUAUGGCCAAGUGAUAAGGUACAGAAACCAGAACUCAGGUGAACUAGAGUAGGAUCCACCUUUUCCCUUCUGUACAUAAGUUGAUGUGGUCGCAACAGAUGCAGUAUUGGUUCUCCACCAUGUUAGGUUCUCCCACCUCAGUGUUUAUCCCCCACCGUGGUAGGUUCUCCCACCUCAGUGUUGAUCCCCCACCGUGGUAUGUUCUCCCACCUCAGGCAAAGGGCACAGAGGGCAGGCCGAGGCAGCAGCAGCAGCAGAACACGCCUUUCCAGCAAUUUUGGAUUACUGCAAGAGCUUCAUUAUGGUAGUCUGUUAACCCACUCAGCAUUUUGGAUGGGAGUUGAAUGGAUGGAUGGAUGGAUGUAUUUUUCUAACCUUCACACAGUAAAGAACUGGGCAUGGUGAAGCAGGUGACAGUAACAAAAAGAAGCAGAAACGAGACUCAACAACUUUAACAAGUGGCAAACAUGUUACUGAUCCGUCCACUUGGAAAUAAUCCAGGAAGUCCAAAAGGAAAACUAAAGGGAAGUUGGUGUCAGAUUGUGAGAUACUGAAGAUUAUAAAGGAGUCCCCCUUGAUGGACAGAAGAGGAAGGAUGUAGAGUAAUCUUCUCCUGGUCUGUUUCUCUGUGGAUGAAUCAGGAAGACAUGCCUAGCUUUCAAAUCAGUCACUAAGACGCAUUUCAGUGCAUAUUGAUUAACAAAUUAUAUCAUUCAAAAAUAUCUAUAAUUUAAACCGGAUCGUAGGAACGUAUCAUAAGAACAUAAAGACAGUAAGAAAAAAAUAACAUGCAUUGAAAUCAGAUUAAAUCACGUUCUCUUUACACACAUUUUAAUUUAAUCAAAAUGACCAUAAUUGCUUGUGUACUUAGAUAACUGAAAAUUGCUUCCAAAUUGUAAAUGCUUUUCCUUCACAUAGAAAUAGAGUGAUAUUAAUGCAGUUUGACAAAUUUAUAGCAACCAGAUUUUUACUUACUCUUUCAUUUAUGACAUGUUUUGAGAUCAUUGUUUAAUAGAUUGAUAGGUCAGUAUGAUCUUGGAUUAUGGCUGUGUUGUACCACACUAGAACCCCUACGCAUCCUGUUUCCUUGUUGUUCUCAUGAACUAAAACAGAACCUUACCUCAGUACAGUACAAGAAAACCGUGUUUGAAAAACUGACUUGGACAUGUCUCUCAGCUAUGUACGGCCAUCCUUUUUGUACAGUGGCAAUACCAUCAAAGUUUAACUCUUUGUCAUGCAAACAGCAUCCCAUUACAAUUUAUUUGUUUUUAUAGCAUAUUUUCCUGUGACGUAUUGUUCACUUACAUCUAUAAUUUGUUGUCCUUUUCUGUUUCAGACUGUUAUUUCUGAUGACAAUAAACAAGGAUUAAGAUGUAUUUUCUGUUUCAGACUGUUAUUUAUGAUGACAAUAAACACAGAUUAAGAUGUAUUUUCUGUUUCAGACUGUUAUUUAUGAUGACAAUAAA